AUGGUAACUGUAACGGUGACAGCUUCACCGAGGGCUGGACCUGCCUCGAUUGCCCCAGCCGUGGUUGACGCUUCUGACGUAGCUCCUGGAUCGUGUAAGCUCAGUGGUCUUGCUACCCUGUUCCUGGAGCCGGGUUUCACGGCACCCGGGGCGUCGGAAUGCUGGCAUCUUAUCCAAAACGCCAGUGUCCCCCUCGCCUUCGAGGACGACUUGGUCGCCCCCAGUUCGGUGGAUGGAAUCGAGGAGUUUGGCUCGUGGACGGAUCCUGCUCACCCCUUCCAAGUGUUGCGCCAGCUUUUCCCAGAUGGGCCUUGUUUGAUCGAUACGACAGGUUUUCCAUCCUCGCUGGCUAUAUCCCGUCGUGCAACUGGUCGAGCUCUACUCGUCCGCCUAUGGCGGCAGUUCCAGGGGUACUCCUACCACUCCACCGAGAGGGGCGACCUUGGUUUCGCCUUGUGGGAGCGUCGCCACUGGAUUAGGGGUAAAGCCGUCAAGGCGUAUAUCGACAACCUCGCCAGAACCCUCGGCCAGAUGCUCCACAAGGUGUGGAAUGGGGCCAUUACGUACGACGGACAACCUCCACAGCACCGCACCGAGGUUUUGCUGGAGCCGUCGUACCUGCAAUACUCGUUCGAGGUGACGGAGUGGGUCCCCACUACCGACGACUGGGCCUCCGAGGUGGCGGACGUGGACGCCCGCGAGCCAGCCGGCAAACCACCCUACAACACGGCUUUCGCCCCUUGCAACGACGUCCCGUUGUUUGUCCCCAACGGAUCGACUCGGGACACCGUGGCGUCGUCGGUCGUGGUUGAAUCCUCUCUGCGGACUUCGAUGGUGGUCGCUCCCCGCGAUGAGGAGACGAAGGAGUCGGGCGAAGCUUCUUCCGCCGCCGGGUCAAGUCUGAGCGUGUUGGCUCAGGCUGUGAUGGAGACUUAG